AUGAAUAAAUAUUGGUUGUAUAUUACUUAUGUUUAUGUAUUCUUAAACAUACUAUCAAAAUGUAAUAAAAUAGAAAAUAAUAAUAAUAAGGUCAAGAAUUUGACUCUUUACAAUAAUGAUAUAGGACAAUAUUUUAAAAAAAAAGACAUACAAUGCAAACACAAUAUAGAAAUAAAUCAAGAUUCUAAUCAUAAUGAAUAUUCCUUUUUAUCAUUAAAGGCAAGUUCAAUAUUUAACCAAUACUAUGUUGCCAAAUUAAUUAAUACCCUUUUAUAUAGAGGAUUUCAUUUAAAUGUCUAUUUCCAUAAAAAUGUGGCUAUGUAUGAAUCAUUUACCAGAACAAAUUUUUUCUUUUAUUUAACUAUAUUGAAUAAAAAAAAUGUUAAAAAAAUUGUUAAGUUAAUAUCCAAAGCAGAACGUUCAAGCAAUAAAAGAAAGUAUGAUGUAUUCAAAAAGUAUUUAAUGUAUGACUUUGAUUGUCCCAAUUUUGAAAUCGAUGAUACUGUAAAAAAUGAAAUGAACCAAGCAAUUUUAGUAUAUAAAAAAGCAAAAUCUGAUUCAUACUGGAGUGUUAUGGAUGCAUUGAAAAAGGAUGGUUUGUUAUUAGCUAGAACCUUUUUAUCAGUUUCUUUUGUUCAAAGUCUUAGAGGUAUUAUCGGUCUUAUUAAUCACAAAUUAAUAGAUUUAUGUUUUACUAAUGCCUAUGUAUUUAAUCACAUAGCAUCUUUUGAUAAACUUAUAAUGAAUAAUAUUUUUGGUGUUAUUAUGUCAUAUGUAUUUAAAUCACUCUUACUCUUUUUCUAUCCAUUAAUUAUACCUUUCCGUGGUGCUUUUGCUUUUGCUAUAUCUGCAUUUUGUAUCACACAAUUGGGAAAAAUAGUAUUUGCAAUAUACAAAAAUCUCAGACAAUUAUAUAGAAUAUCAUACAGAAAAAUAUACAAUGUUGUAUUAAAAGUCAAAUUAAGAAAUGAACCAGAACUUAAAAAUUAUGCCAUGAAAUUAUUAUACGGUGAUGCAUUAAUUAUGAUUACUAAAAUAUGGAAAUUGUCAUAUGUAAAUAUCAGUGACCACUUGAAUGGAAAAAAUGUUUAUCCAAUUUUAAAUAACUUAUUUGAAAAAAAUUUAGGAACAGGUUUCUUUGAUUUCAGUCACUCAUUAUUCAAAUAUGUUAUGAAUUACUUAGAGGAAAUAAAUUUAUUAAAUGCCAAGAGUGUUGAUGUAGAAAAAGAACUUGUUUUGAAUAGACAUAAUUUCAAACUAUUACUUAAACUUUUAAAGAUCACUAAGAAGUCUUUAUUAUAUGAAGAAUCUUAUAUGAAGAUAUCUGUUGCUAAUUUACUAACUAAAUUUUACACCAUGAUUUUAGUAAAUAUAGAACAUAUAAGUAAAUUAAAUCCAAAGGAACAUUUCUAUAAUGAUUUAGAUAAUGAAUUUAGACACAUAUAUCAAGAUCAAAUGUUUGAAUUAUUUAUACAAAAGAUAUCAUCCGAUAUUGUUAGAAAACCAUUUAUCAAAAAAAAUAUCGGAAGAAUAGAUAAAGGUAGUAUAGAAUUAACAUUAGCAUUAAUAAAAGUAAAAUUAUUGCAUUACAAACCAACAUUGAAUAAUCCAUAUUCAAGUUUAUAUUUUGAUGAGAAUUUAAAAAAACAAUUAAAUUAUGCAUUUAAAUUAAUUAUUAUUGGUUCUACUAGUAUAAUUGCAAGUCUUGCAAACUAUGGUGAAAGAUAUGGUGUAUUAAAACAAUGUCCAUUAGAAAUUGUUAAGAAUUUAAAUCAGCAAUGUGAAUAUGUUUCUUUUGAAAUUAAAAAAUUAAUAUUCCCAAUUAAUAUUUUUGUUAACUUAUUAAUUCCAUUAUUUUUACCAUAUGAUGAUGUAUUAAUAGAUAAAAAUAUAAUUGAACAUAUCAGAAAAUUCUUUAAUGUUAUUAUCGAUACCGAUGAUUCUUACUUACAAAAAUAUAUGAAAACAACUAUUAACACUAUAAGAAAAUCAAAAGAUCUAGAUAUAAAUAAUGUAAAUUAUGAAGAAGAAAUGGAAAAAAUUGUUGUUGAAGAAGCACACAAAGCUAUUGAUGAAAUUAAUAAAGAAAGACGUGCAUCUUUCAAAUUUCAAGAUUUUGCAGUCAAAGAAGAUUCUGUAGUAUUGUAUAAUAAAAAUGGACUCCAAUAUUCAUUUAAAUUUGAUCAUUUAAAUAGAAAAGAAGAUUUUAUGCGUGUUAUAGGUAGUUACCAAUUUAAAAAUCCUCUAAGUUAUCAAACAGCACAACUUGUUUUUGAACCUCAAAAUAAUCAUAUUGGUUCUUUAACCGUUGGAUCAACUAAAAAUACAUACGAUGGAAAAUUAAGUGUAUGUCAUAUGUGUUAUAAGGAAGAUGAUGAUGCCUUAGUUGUUGAUGCAAUAUUUAACAUCUUAUGGUCUUCUGGAAUUGAUAGAUUUAGUGCCUUCAUAUUCUCUUCUUUCAUUGGUGCUGUGAAACAAACCUAUCAUCAAGGUAGCUCAUGGAAAAGAGCUUUGAGUAAUAUGGCUCCAACAGAAUUUUAUGAAGUUCACAAAAUGUUUAUGGAUAAGAGUUCUUACGGAAAAGAAAAAAGUCAAAAUUAUUUCUUGAAAAACAUAAGAAAAUACAGAUUUCAAUUUAGUAAAGGCUCGUUCGGAAGAAUGUUCAGAACGUUCUUAGAAAAUUCUUUAAAUAAAAUUAAUUUCUUCAACUCAGAAGAAGCUAUUAUCAUUUUAGUUAUGUCCACCCUAUAUGCUCUUUACAAAAAUAUUGAAAAAUUCGAUAUUCCACUAAAAGAAACUUAUAAAUUAUAUCAACAGAAAUUAAUUGAAUCAUAUUACCAUCUAGAUAAAUAUUCACACCAUUAUGAAACAUAUACUCUAAAUAUUAGAAAGAAAAAAUAUGAUGCACUUGUAAAUAGUGAACAUCAAAAAGCUCAAGAAGCUAGUCAAGGUGAAGGUAAAGAUGAAGUAGAAAAUGCUGAAUUAAAAAAAAGAGUUGAAAAUAGAAUUAAAUUUAAAGAUAUACAAUUAACAAUGGAAGAUGAAGUUGUAAGAAAUACAAAAUAUUUACAAUUAGAAUUACAAGCAAAACCACAAGAAAGAGAAAAAAUCAUACAAUAUUUAAUGUAUAAAUAUAAAGAAAUACCAAAUCAUGAAAUGUUCCCACAUUUACCACACCAAUGUUAUUAUUUAUUAUAUUAUAAUUAUGAACCUUUUAUGGAAAAAAAUCUUCACGGUCUAGAAGGUGUUGUUAGUAAAAUUACAGGAAAAUCAGUUUUAAGUAGAUAUUUAAAAAAUAUUAAUUUAAUACAACCAGAGAAAACGAGAUUUGCACCAAUAAAAUUAAAAGAUUUAAUCAAUAUACUUUGUGGUACACAUUUGUUUUUGAAAAAAGAACAUAUCACAUUCGAUGAAAUAUAUAAAUAUGAAAAUUCAAAUGAUGCAUUGAAACAUCUUCUUAUUAUUGUUGCAUUAUUAAGAAUUGAAAAAAGAACUAAUAGAUAUUCUUGGACAACAUAUUUAACUUUACAAAAACAAUUAGAUGAAAGAAAAAGAUAUUAUGAUACACCAUUUAAAUACUUAUUCUUAAAAAUAAGCAAAGUAAGAAGAUUUUAUGGAAAUGCUAAAAAGAAAAUGUUAUUAGGUUUAGGUAAAAGAGUUAAAGGAGGUAGAUUUUUAAAUAUAUUAAGAUAUACCAGAUUCUUUGAAAUUAUGGAAUAUGCUGAAUCAAUUAAUGAAUUUUAUCCAUAUUGUUAUAUUAAAUUUGAAGAUAUUCUAACAUUCUCAAAUGUCUUUUAUAAAUUUAAAUAUUCACUUUUAAGAUAUACAACCAGUAAACAAUCUGUUAGAAGUGUUGUCAACAGUUUCAAUUUGUCCCCACAAACAACAGGAAACAAUGAAAAAUUAUUAUUAAGAAUAUUUAGAUUUAUUGAAUUAAUCCUUAAAAAGAAAUAUAAUGUUGAUAUACAUCAUGUUAAAAAAGAUGAUAAAGAUUUUGAUAGACAUGCAUAUAAUAAAAAUGAAUAUAUAUUACAUGAUAUUAAAUUCAAUCCUAAUAUUGAACAAUAUCUAAAACAAUUAACAGGUUUUAUUAAACUUUUAACAGAUAUGAAAUUUACUAACUUCUUAUUCUUAAGAAACUUAUAUUACUUUGUUAAAUUUUAUGCAGUAACUGGUGAUUUAACAUAUUCAAUAAAUAAUUCUUCUAUCUAUUUAUGUAAUAGAAAUUAUCUAGAAUUUAUAUUAAAUUCAAUUAUAGAAUUUGAACAUUUUAAAAAAUUCAUGGUCAAGAUUAAAGAGAAAUUCGAUAUUGAAAAAUAUCCAUUGGAUCCAUAUAAUUUUCAAACACAAUGUUAUUCUAUAGAUAGUGUUAAAACAUAUAGAUUCUUCUUAAAUGAUUUAGAUAAAUUAAAAUCAUAUCAAGAUAUAGAAAACUUACAAAAUGUAUCAUCAUUCUAUAAAGAUUACUUAUAUAUGGGAUUAUUUUAUGAUAAUUUAGAUGUCAGAAAUUUAAAUGUAUAUUAUAAUCUAAAUAAAAAAAAAAAUGAAGAUAAUAAAACAUAUGGAUCAAAUGCUUUCCUUGAUGGUGGUCUCUCAUUAAGUAAAAAUAUGACAUUUAGUGAAAUCAAUGAUUUAAGUGAAUCUAUUCAAAAUUAUUUAUAUUUAGAAAAAUUCUUAGUUGGUACUAAUAUACCUUCUAUUCCAUAUCAAGGAUUUUCAGUUAGACGUGUAAAUGAUGGUAUGCAUGUAACUUAUAAUAAUAGAUCAACUACUCCACCACUUUUUAAAGAAAAUGUUUUAGAUCAAUUCGAAUUAGUAGGAAGAUCAUUAAUUAGUGAAUAUUUCGAAAAAGUCAAAUGUUCAUUUAUUCAAUAUCCAUCCAAUUUAUAUUAUUGGUUAGUCCUUAAUCCUGGAAAACCAAAUGUAACCGUAAGUAGUAAAACUGGUUUAAUUAAAGAUGAGGAUUUAGUACAUAAAACUCCUGAAGAAAAAUUGAAAGAAGAAGAAGAAAAUGAUAUUAAAAUUGUUGAAAAUAUAUUAUCUGAAGAUAUCUUUGAUUUUAAAGAUAAAUCAGAUGAUGAUCAAAGUACAACUGCUGAUUUGUCUUCUACUGAUACAGAUGAUUCAGAAACUGACGCUGAAAAGACAUCAAACAAAUCAAAUAAUCUAAAUAAAAAACAAACUCCAGCAAUGAAAUAUAAUAUGAAUAUUGCACAAGAUGAAAAUAAUAGAAAAGAUGAUGUAUCUAAAAAUACAACCUAUUCAGAAAAUAAUGAAUACACAUCUGAAUAUAUAUCUAAACCAUCAGAUGAAAAUACAGAAAGUAGUGGAACUAAAAUGCCCUCUCCAUCAUUUAUACAAAUGUCUAAAGUUAAUGAACAAUAUGGACAAAAAGAUGUACAUGUAGAAGGUUCUGAAAAUGUUGAUGAAAAUGUUGAUGAAAAUGUUGAUGAAAAUGUUAAUUAUGAUGAAAACAAAAUGUUAAAUAAUAAUACAGAAGAAAUGAGUUUCCUUGAAAGAAGAGAAAAUAAUCCUAUGCCAUUUAGUUCUAAUAUGAUAAAAGAAAAAAAUAAAGAAGCUUAUAAAGAACACUAUGGACAUUUCAAUAGACCAUAUAAUUUAUAUGUACCUAAAAAAGAUAUCUUCAGAAAUUUCCAUUUAGUUGUAAAAGUAGUACAUGCAUUAAUAUCAUUAAAUAAAUUUUCCAUGGUUAGUCCAGAUACAAUAUUAAAAAAAGGUAUCGCAUCUAUGAAAAAGAAACACUCACUCAAAAUGAUUAAAAAUAUAAAUCCAUUUAUACAUAAAAUGAUACUUGACAUGAAUGAAACAAUACAAAAAUUAAAAUCUGAUAGUGAAAACGGAUAUGCUGGACCAAAAACAGAUAUUGUAUCUUUAUAUAAAAUUGUAGAAUUCCAAUUAUUUAAUCAAUAUAUUAUAUAUCCACCAUUAAAGAGAUUAACCAAAAAAGAACUUAAAUAUAUACUUGAGGUUGUUAACCAAGGAUAUUAUUUCUACAUGAAAAAUGUUAUUAAAAAUAUGAAAAGAGAAAAUCUACAAAAAUCUAAAUUUAUCAAAAUAUUUAAUAAUUUCAAAGAAUUUUCUAAUUUAUUAGAUGAUGAAGGAGUAGACAAAUUAUAUAAUCUAUUCCUUGAAACAUUCAAAUGUAAAAAUAUCAAAUGCUUUGAUCUUUUAUUCCAAGAAUUCUUAACUGAAAAAUAUAAUAAUAUUGUAUAUCGUUAUACACAUGAUCAUGAUGCUAUGAAAUCAUAUAAUGAAAACAUAUUUAAUAAUACAGAAUUAUUAAACAAAAUAUUCAGAAGAGCAUAUGACAACUAUUUUAUUACACCAGUUAAAAGCCAACAACCAAAAAAACUCAUAUCUGUAGAAAAACCAUCUUUAGAACAACCAGUAUUGACAUUAGAAGAAUUUGCAUAUGGAUUCCAUGAAUUUGGACACAAAAUAGAAAAAUGGAGAUCAUUACUAACCUUAUUCAAUUUAAGACAUAUAUAUAUUAAUAUAUGCCACAUGCUCAUAAGUGUUAAACAUAGUAUACAAAGAUCUCACAGAGUUUUUAUGCAUAAAUUUGGCUUCUUCGGUAUAUUCAGACGAAAGAAGGAAAUAUAUAUUCCAUAA